AUGCCAUCAAACAUAGUCAAUCGCUUACCACAGUCACUUUGGCAGAUAAUAUUCCGGCUGGUGUGUACUGAUGGCGGCAGGACUGGCUGUACGUUGGCUCUCGCGUCCAAAGCCUUCCGAAGGGCCUCCACAUCUGCGCGUUUCUAUUCCGUG